AUGGAGUGGGCUAAUCAAUUAUGCGAGAACCGGCAAUUUGGAUCCAAGAUGACGGACUCUAAGUAUUUCACCACUACCAAGAAAGGAGAGAUCUUUGAGCUGAAAGCUGAGCUGAACAGCGAUAAGAAGGAGAAGAAGAAGGAGGCUGUGAAGAAGGUCAUUGCCUCCAUGACCGUUGGGAAGGAUGUCAGUGCCCUGUUUCCAGACGUGGUGAACUGCAUGCAGACUGACAACCUGGAGCUGAAGAAGCUGGUCUACCUGUACCUGAUGAACUAUGCCAAGAGCCAGCCUGACAUGGCCAUCAUGGCUGUCAACACCUUCGUCAAGGACUGUGAGGACGCUAACCCCCUGAUCCGGGCCCUGGCUGUGCGUACUAUGGGCUGCAUCCGCGUGGACAAGAUCACUGAGUACCUGUGUGAGCCUCUGAGGAAGUGUUUGAAGGACGAGGACCCCUACGUGAGGAAGACUGCAGCCGUGUGCGUGGCCAAGCUCCAUGACAUAAACGCCCAGCUGGUGGAGGACCAGGGCUUCCUGGAUACCCUCAAGGACCUCAUCUCUGACUCCAACCCCAUGGUGGUAGCGAAUGCCGUGGCAGCCCUGUCUGAGAUUGCAGAGUCCCACCCCAACAGCAACCUGCUGGACCUGAACCCCCAGUCCAUCAACAAGCUGCUGACAGCCCUCAACGAGUGCACAGAGUGGGGUCAGAUCUUCAUCCUGGACUGCCUGGCCAACUACACCCCCCGUGAUGACCGCGAGUCCCAGAGUAUCUGUGAGCGGGUGACCCCCCGUCUGUCCCAUGCCAACUCUGCGGUGGUGCUGUCGGCGGUCAAGGUGCUGAUGAAGUUCAUGGAGAUGCUUCCUAAGGACCUGGACUACUAUAGCACCCUGCUGAAGAAGCUGGCCCCGCCCCUGGUCACCCUGCUGUCUGCAGAGCCUGAGCUCCAGUACGUGGCCCUGAGGAAUAUCAACCUCAUCGUACAGAAACGCCCAGAGAUCCUGAAGCAUGAGAUGAAGGUGUUCUUUGUGAAGUACAACGACCCCAUCUAUGUCAAGCUGGAGAAACUGGACAUCAUGAUCCGCCUGGCGUCUCAAGCCAACAUCGCCCAGGUGCUGGCAGAGCUGAAGGAGUAUGCCACUGAGGUGGAUGUGGACUUUGUGCGGAAGGCAGUCCGAGCCAUCGGCCGCUGUGCCAUCAAAGUGGAGCAAUCAGCGGAGCGCUGUGUGAGCACCCUGCUGGACCUAAUCCAGACCAAGGUCAACUAUGUGGUGCAGGAGGCCAUCGUGGUCAUCAAGGACAUUUUCCGCAAGUACCCCAACAAGUAUGAGAGUGUGAUCGCCACGCUGUGUGAGAACCUGGACUCUCUGGAUGAGCCGGAGGCGCGGGCGGCCAUGAUCUGGAUCGUAGGAGAGUACGCAGAGAGGAUUGACAACGCUGAUGAGCUGCUGGAGAGCUUCCUGGAGGGCUUCCACGACGAGAGCACCCAGGUGCAGCUACAGCUGCUGACAGCCAUAGUGAAGCUGUUCCUCAAGAAACCCACUGAGACCCAGGAGCUGGUGCAGCAGGUGCUCAGCCUGGCCACACAGGACUCUGACAACCCGGACCUGCGAGACCGUGGCUACAUCUACUGGCGCCUGCUCUCCACUGACCCUGUGGCUGCCAAGGAGGUGGUACUGGCUGAGAAGCCUCUGAUCUCAGAGGAGACUGACCUGAUUGAGCCCACCCUGCUGGAGGAGCUCAUCUGCCACAUCGGCACGCUGGCUUCAGUCUACCAUAAACCCCCCAGCGCCUUCGUGGAGGGCAGCCGCGGUGUGAUGCACAAGAGGCUCCCCGCCCGCACUGGGUCAGGAGAGAGUACGGAGAGCCCAGACGCGGGCACUGCUGCUGGGGGCUCUGCCCCUGAGGCUGCUCCCUCUAUCAUCCCCUCCCAGGGGGACCUUUUGGGGGACCUUCUCAACCUGGACAUGGCACCCCCCACCACCAGUGGCCCCCCACCCCCCACCACUGGCAUGCAGAUGGGGGGCAUGGACCUCCUGGGUGGAGGUCUGGACAGCCUGCUUGGAGGAGAUAUUGGUGGGAGUCCUGCGAUGGGGGCAGGUUUUGGGGCGGCUCCUGCUGUGAUGCCAGCCUCGCUCAACGCCCCAGUGGGGGGUGGCCUAGGAGACCUGUUUGACCUGGGUGGGGUUGGCAUGCCGAUGGGAGCAUAUAUUCCUCCCAAAAUAGUGUGGCUCCCGGCCAUGAAGGCUAAAGGUCUGGAGAUUUCUGGGACCUUCGCUCGCCGUGCUGGAGUCAUCCAGAUGGAGCUGAUCCUCACCAACAAGGCCAUGAGCGUCAUGACCGACUUUGCCAUCCAGUUCAACAGGAACAGUUUUGGACUGGCCCCUGCCGGCCCUCUUCAGGUCCUCACCCCUCUUGGCCCAAACCAGACAAUUGAAGUCAGCCUCCCCCUCAGCACUGUCGGGCCAGUCAUGAAGAUGGAUCCUCUCAACAACCUGCAGGUGGCUGUGAAGAACAACAUUGACGUCUUCUACUUCAGCUGCCAAUACCCCAUCAGCAUGCUGUUUGUGGAAGAUGGAAAGAUGGAGCGUCAGGUGUUCCUGGCCACAUGGAAAGACAUUCCUAAUGACAACGAGUCUCAGUUCCAGAUCAAAGACUGUCAUCUCAACUCAGAUGCAGCCAGCAGCAAGCUGCAGGGCAGUAACAUCUUCACCAUAGCCAAGCGCACGGUGGACGGCCAGGACAUGCUUUACAUGUCCAUCAAACUGUCCAAUGGUAUCUGGGUGCUGGCUGAACUGAGGGUGCAGGCUGGAAACCCCAACUACACGAUCUCUCUGAAGUGCAGAGCACCAGAGGUGUCCCAGUGUGUGUUCCAGUGCUACGAGGCAGUGCUGAAGAACUGAACCCCUGACAGGGCUGAAGUAGGGUGCGCAACCUGAGGCAUGGAGACUGGAGACUGGCCCUGACUGGAGGGACCUCCUGGACCCCCAACCCUCCAGACCCUCUCCUCCUGCUUCUCCUCCUGACAUACAGGCUUCUGAAAGACCCUUUCCUUGUAGAAUCUCCAACUUUGCUGUCUGUCUGUGUGCCUCCCUGGGGACUCUGGUUUCUAUCUGUUCUUUCUGUCAAGCACUAACCCUCCACUCUACAAGUCCUUAUCUGAUUUAAAUCUGAAGUCUCUAGCCCCCAUGGUCCCAAAGCUUUCUAUAGACCAAUCCUGUCACACGUCAAUAGUUGGAAUGGUCUUUGUCUUCUUCACCUUGAACAUGGUUGGGGUUGUGUUUCCCAUAACCCACCAAGUCUAGUCGGUCUUCAAUGAGAGCUCACUACCCUGUCAGAUCUUCCUUGCAUGAUGGCUUAACUCCAGUCCAGCCCGUGCUGAUCUGAUUCAGUUCACCCUCAACCCAUGAGCCUCUAAUCUGGGACACACCUGGUAGGGAUUUUCAGCUAGUGCUGCUGGAGGAGACUGUGAUGCGAUGGACUCUUGUUCCUUGUGACUGUUUCUCCAUACCCCCCCACCCCUGAUGUCUUCUCUUUUCACGAUUAUCUCACCUCGCGUCUCUGCAAAUUAGUACCUAUAUUUAGUGUGUGUAAUCAGCAGUUAAAGCUCUACUGUCAGCAUACGUUUUGGUGCUUCACAUUAAAAUGUGGCAGUACAGACACAUUGUUUCCCCAUAUCUUGGGGCUGUGAAGCACCUGCUGUGUUCCUGUUCUCACUUCACUCACCCCUCAGCCCCCCCCUCCCCACCUCUCUCAAUGUCUUCACUUCUUCUCUCUCACAAACACUUUCCUCCUUUUUAUUUUAAAGGGAUGUGAUGUCCCAGCUAGUAAGAGACACUAAAUGUUUUGGAACACACCAUGUCACAUAUGUGUUUAGUUUGUUGUUUGCUCUUGAUGUGCCCAUUGGGCUUGUUUAUUGUUGUUGUACUCAAUCUCUGCUGUCUCUUGUCUCUCUCUCUCCCAUGAGUGUGUGUGUGUGUGUGCAUGUAUUUGUGUGUUGGGGUGCCUGUGUGCUAUUUGUUAUUAGAGGGUUGGAGCAACAUCUAAGGCUACAUUUACACAGGCAGCCCAAUUCUGAUAUUUUGCCCAAUUAUUGGCGAAAGAUCUGAUCUGAUUCGUCAAAAGACCAAUGAUUGCCAAAUAGAUCAGAAUUGGGCUGCCUGUGUAAACUCAGCAAUAUACGCCUCACUACUACAUACAAUACCUUUCUUUUCCUAAUUCUUGCCCCUUCUUUGAAGUAAUUCCAUUAUGUAUUCCCAGGUUUGUUUGCAGUGUAAUUGAAGUUUUAACUCUGGGCAUGCAGGCGGGCGAGGGCCACAGAUGUUUGGAUGUUGUUUCUGCUGUGUGCGCUCUGUUAAUCAGGGCUGCUUGGGCUCCCUGCCAGGUUGUUGCAUUCUCCUCCCCUCUUAGUUGGUCAAGUACCUCUACCACCUGUCAUAGAGGCUUCAAACCACCUGUAUGUUCUAUACUGUAUCUCUAUAGGAAACUAACUGUAGAGGUAGCACACAUCAUGAAGUCUUUUGUAUAAAGAAAAUCUGACCAACUCAACUUCACCAUUCUGUUUUACCUAGUCUCUUUGGAAAAUGAAUUGGAUAUUUAAACUUUUGAGUCAUUGAAUCAGAACCCUCUGGAACAGCUCCACAGUGAGCACUUUCACUACUUGGAGAUGAGUGGAUUUACUUGGUCUGUGUGUGGCGAAAACUGACUAGUGUGUAUGUGAUGAGAAGUUGUAAAAUAGCUGGUGAAGGAGAAAUCUAAUGUUUUUUGACUGACCGUUUGUGUGUACAUCAUUUGAAACAAAACUAUUAAAAAUCUGAUAUAUUCACAAAUGCCACAAGUGCAUUUUCUGAAUUGACUUGAAUCAUCAAUUAGGAGUGGUAUACCACGUUUAGUUCCAAUAAGGAUUCCAUAAGAUAUACACUGAGUGUACAAAACAUUAGGAACACCUGCUCUUGCCAUGAGACUGAUCAAGGGAAUCCAGGUGAAAGCUAUGAUUCAUUGAUGUCACCUGUUAAAUCCACUUCAAUCAGUGUACAUUGAGGGGUUAAAGAAGGAUUUUUAAGCCUUGAGACAUGGAUUGUGUAUGUGUGCAACUAAGAGGGUGAAUGGGCAAGACAAAAGGUUUAAAUGCCUUUGAACGUGGUAUGGUAGUAGGUGCCAGGUGCACUGGUUUGAGUUUGUCAAGAACUGCAACGCUGUUGGGUUUUUCAUGCUCAACAGUUUCCCGUGUUUAUCAAGAAUGGUCCACCACCCAAAGGACAUCCAGUCAACUUGUGGGAAGCGUUAGAGUCAACAUGGGCCAGCAUCCCUGUGGAACGCUUUCGACACCUUGUAGAGUCCAUGCCCCAACGCAUUGAGGCUGUUCUGAGGUCAAAGGAGGGUGCAACUCAAUGUUAGGAAGGUGUUGCUAAUGUUUUGUACACUGAGAUAUUAUAUAUAUAUGAAGUAAUAAAGGACUAAGCCAAUCGCAA